GAAAGGGAUCAUCACUCAUUAGUUCCGCCGUCGCAAUGGAAUCAAACAAGGACGAGGCGGAUCGCUGCAUCAAAAUUGCAAUCGCAGCGCUGAGGGACAGUCAGCCCGACAAAGCUAGACGGUUUCUCGAAAAGGCACAGAGACUGUUUUCCACUGACAUGGCGAAAGAUUUAUUAGAGUCUAUUUCUGAGAAUGGAGGACCUUCCACAAGUGAAGAACACAAUGGCGAAUAUGAUGCUGCUGGUUUACGAAACAGAGGGCACAACACCAAAGACCACUCCUCUGGACAUGGUGCCACAGAAUCAUCCAAAACAUACACAGCAGAACAGCUGGAUGCUGUCAAAAGAAUAAAGAGGUGUAAGGACUAUUAUGAGAUUCUUGGUGUCACUAAAAUAGCCUCGGAGGAUGAUCUAAAAAAAGCCUACAGAAAGUUGGCUCUGAAGUUCCAUCCAGAUAAAAACCAUGCGCCUGGUGCCACUGAAGCAUUUAAAGCUAUAGGUAAUGCUUACGCAGUUCUUAGUAACCUUGAAAAAAGGAAGCGGUAUGAUGUUUAUGGUGAAGAAAAAGCCCACCCAUCUCGGCAUAGGACCUAUCACAGAAAUUUUGAGGCAGACAUUUCCCCCGAGGACCUCUUCAAUAUGUUCUUUGGAGGUGGAUUUCCAGCCAGUAAUGUGCAUGUGUACAGCAAUGGCAGGAUGAGGUUCAACCAUCACCACCGAAAUGAACGACAAGAACAGCAGAGAGAAGGUGGCCUUGCGUUGUUUGUACAGCUGAUGCCCAUACUUAUUCUCAUCAUUGUCUCAGCUCUUAGCCAGAUGAUGGUCUCGAACCCCACCUACAGCCUCAGCCACAGACCAUCCACAGGCCACACAAUCAGGCGACACACAGCCACCCUGAAGGUGCCUUACUAUGUGGGCAACCACUUCUCAGUGGAAUAUACAGGAAAGAAUCUCAAGAAUGUUGAACAAAGUGUGGAGGAUGACUACAUAUCAAAUCUGAGAAACAACUGCUGGAAGGAGAAACAACAAAAGGAAGUGUUGUUGUAUCGGGCACGUUAUUUUGGCGAUUCAGAAUUGUACCAAAGGGCACAGGAAAUGGCAACACCCAGUUGCUCAAAGCUUUCAGAUGUACAGGUUCUACUACAUGGACUCUGAGUAGCAGAAAAAUAGUGUCCUGUUUUGAUGUCAUUCAAAAAUGAUCAUGUUCAGAAAUGUUCUGCUCUCUCUGCUAAAAUGGGGCUUUAUACUGCAACAGCUCAAGAGAAGCAAAGAUAGACCAUCCUGGUGCCACAGGGGUUCACUCUCAUCUUUCCUUCAAAAUUGCCAGUUGCAACUCUUAAAAUGUAACCUGAGAAAUGGUCAAAAUUAAAAUAUAUUAAGUGAAUAAAAAAUUGGAUGCUUUGGUGGUAGAGAGGAAAGUAAACAUCUGUCAAAUGAUGAUCAAUGCUGCUAGCUUACUGCUUAUUCUUGUUACUUACCUCUUCCUUCUCAAAGCAUUUUUUAACACCCACGUUUGGGUUUUCUGAGACAGUUCCAAGAUUUUAGUAGCGUUUUGAUCUGUUUAUCUGACCAAAGGAAAUUAAAUGAUUACGCUGG